UCACCAUAGCAACGAGACGCUAUGCGGAAACUUGUCGUUGCCAGUUCUUCUCCUUUUGACGCAGAUAUUCGCUUUUAACUGACUUCAUCGAUACAUCCAUCAGUAAAGUGCAGGUGGGAAGCCUGAACUUUGAAGAAGCUGCUGGCACAGUUGCAAACAGGAGGCUGACGCUGAGGGAGGUUAGCGUGUCAAAAAUGCCAUUGCUAGUGACAGACUACUCAUGGACACAGACAGACUCGGCGGUUUACAUAAGCGUGCCUUUAAAAGGAUGCAAAGCUGAGAAAGUAGACAUUCUGUCUACAGACGAAUACCUUAAGGUGCAUUUCUCACCGCACCUAUUUGAAGCCUUUCUGUUCGAACCUGUUGAUGACGUCAGAAGCACAGCAAAGGUUGGAAAUGGAGUAGCAGUAAUCAGUUUGUCAAAGAGGACCAACAAAAUAUGGGAGCAUCUGAUGAUAACUACAAAUGAUAAAAUAAAACAGAAGAAGAUCAGAGAAAAGGCUGUGUCGAAAUACCAGGAAAAACUUUCUCUGGCGUCUAUAUUCAAGGCAGAGAAACAGCAUGCAGAGAAAAAAUAUGCACUGGAGACAAUGAUGAAGCUCGAAAAGGAGGAGAGAGACAGUAUCCAGAAAAUGAAGGAGACUGAGCGAGAGAAAACCACAUCAGACCUAGCAACAUGGCAACUGAGACAGAAGUCAGAAGCCCAAAUGAAACAUCAGAGUCAGAUAGAUAGUCAAAACAAAGUGAAAGUCAUGACAGAGAAACAUGACAAUGGAUGUUCAGGUUGUGGAAAGGUCAUACUGGAUCAAACAGCCAACAGUGAAGCAAAGAGCAAGAAAGAUCAAGCAGACCUGCCUGCUCCAAGACUUGCUGCGAACAUUAAAGUCACAUUUACCCCACGAGUUUUUUCAACAGCCCUCAGGGAAUCAAGAGUGCCAGAGGAAGAAGAGUGGCUCAAAAAACAAGCUGAAGCCAGAUGUGCAGUUAAUGCAGAUGUUAAGGAGCUGAAGGACCUUAAGGGAAGUGAGAAGAAUCCUGAUUGGUUAAAGGACAAAGGAGACAAAUGCUUCGUGACUGGGGACUACCUGGGUGCAGUGAAUGCCUACAAUCUGGCCAUCAGGCUCAACAGAAAGAUCCCAGCUCUGUAUUCAAACAGGGCUGCAUGUCAUCUCAAGUUAAGGAAUCUUCACAAGGCCAUUGAAGAUUCAUCCCAGGCUCUUGAUCUGUUGACUCCACCAGUUUCUGCCAAUGCAGCUGCCAGAGUCAGGGCCCAUGUUCGCCGUGGAUCUGCUUUUUGCCAGCUCCAGCUCUAUGCAGAAGGGUUACAGGACUACCAAGCUGCUCUAAAGAUUGACCUUCACAAUGAAGUGCUGCAGGCAGACACACAAAGAAUCAGAGACACUAUUCAAGGCACUGCAGCUCAACCUGAGACACAGUGACACACAGAAAAUGCCCUGUGCUGCUUGUUUGUGUUAUUUGUCCCUUACCUGAUAGAAUUAUACAUGGUAACAAAGAACUCAAGGCUGCUCUGUAUCUCUGGUCACAGACUUACUGCAUUAUUGGGAGCUGGAAUAGGUCUGUUUGUGUGUAAAACAAUGUUCUACUCUAUGAUGUUGAUUACAUGGGAGAUACUCUGUCAGUAUGCACAGAGCGCCCUUGUGUGGUUAAAUGUUACACCUAAAGGGAAAUAUAAAUGAUGGAAGCUGAUGUUAAUUCAAUGAAAAAAAUAUUAUAAAUAUGAGUUUUACAUAUCAGCUUUUUAGUACCAGCAUGUUGGUUUGAGUGUGAAUAUAAUAAAAGCCUUCAGUGCUCUCAAAUGUGUAGUGAAAAUUC